AUGAUGGCUCCACCUCAAGAGUCAUGGAAUGGCGAGCUGUUGGGCUACGUGGUGACGUGGCAGGAGGCGGGCGGCGCCGCGGGGCGCAACACGUCUGCCGCGCUCACCGCGCCCGGCUGGGGCGCCGCGCAUGCGCAGCUCGCCGCCCUGCGCGCGCACACGCACUACUCCGUCGCUGUGAGGGCUUUUAAUGCUGUGGGAGCCGGACCACCCAGCACACCACUUACUGCUACAACAUUGGAAGGAGCCCCAGAAGCAUCCCCAGAGCGAGUACGUUGCGAGCCCCUGUCAGCUCAGUCAAUACGCGUGUGGUGGGAGCCACCGCCGCCCGCGCUGAGGGGAGGAGUGCUGCUCGGCUAUGAAGUGCUUUAUGAAACAGUGGAUGAACUAGAAAGUCAGGUAGAAACGCGUCGCUCAGGUGGCAUGGAGACUAUUCUGCAAGCACUGCAGCGCGCCGCCAACUACAGCAUCGCGGUCAGAGCGAGGACGGCCGCCGGGACUGGGCCCGCUUCAGAACCUGUUUAUUGUGUAACACAUGAAGACAUACCGGGAGCCCCAAUGGAUAUUAAAGCAGCUGCGAACUCUGAAGAUACAGUGAUUGUGAGCUGGCUCGCGCCGCUGCAGAAAAAUGGCAAAAUCAAACACUACACCAUCUAUAGUAGACCACAAAGAACAGGCCAACACUCACAGAUGAUGGUGCUUCACAAAGAUGAGGAAGAUGAGUACCAGGUUGAGGUCCGAGGUCUGCAAGAACAUCAAGUGUACGAGUUUUGGGUAACCGCCGCCACUGCAUCUGGAGAGGGGGAAAUGAGUGCCAUCGUGGCUAGGAAACCAAAUGCUAGGGGUAAGCUCAUAUAAACUUAGUACCUGCGUUUUGCAAUGUUAUCGAUUCAUGGCCACAAAUAAAUAGUAGAUAAUUUACUGGUUUUGAACAUCUAAAAAAGAUAUGUAUUUUCUUUAACUUAAUUGGUGAAAAGACGAAGAUCGUGAUUAUUCGAAUUAAUUAUACUCAUCUGACCCUUUUCAGCGCCAGCAAAAAUAACAUCGUUCGGGCGCAGCGUGUGGGCACGCGCGGGCGGGCGCGCGCG